AUGUUUAUUAAAAUUGUUACUUUUUUAGUUUUAGUAUUUUCAAUUAUAUCACUUGCAAAAGCUGGUAAAAGUGAAUGUCCAUCUUCACCAUUUGUUCAAGUCCCACCAUCCGAUUUAAUUCAACCAAAAGAUUUAUCAACAUCAGAUCUCAUAUUCCAUGAAAAUAAUAUGAGAAUUGCUUUGAAUCUUGCUAUUUCUGUUAAUGGUAGAUUUGGUGCUGCUAUUAUUAAUAGAAAUGGUACCUUAUUAUGCACAGCUAUGAAUAAUGGAACAGUUUCAAAGAUUUUACAUGCAGAAAUAAAUGCUAUUUUAAAUUGCACAGAUAUUAUGGCAGCAAGAGGUAUUAAACAAUCAUCAUGGGAAGGUUAUUAUUUAUAUGUUACAGGAGAACCAUGUCCAAUGUGUACCUCUGCUUUAAUUUGGUCUAAAUUUGAUGCCGUUAUCUUUGGUACCUAUGUUGAUACUUUGUACUGUGGUAAAUGUAAUUCACAACUUCCAAUUACAUCAAACUAUAUUAACGGUUUCUCAUAUGGUGUUGGAUCUAAACUUAAAAUUGUUGGUGGUAUUUUAGAAUCCGAAACCGAUAAACUCUUUAUUAACGCCUGUGGACUAAACAAUGCCACUCAAUACAUACAACCAAUUUGUAAUGCAGGAUGGUCACAAUCAUGUCCAAGACAAUCAAGGGUAUUUGGUGAUAAAUUCUAA